AUGUCUCUUCCCAAAACAUUCAAGGCCGCUGUUAUCAACUCUGCGGGCAGUGACUUUGAGAUCAUCGAAAAGACUCUCGAGCUCCCUACAGAAGGAACUAUUCUUGUGAAAGUUCUAGCAUGUGGUGUUUGUGCUAGCGAUGGCAUGGUCAAAUAUGGAAUGGCCCCCCUUCCCCGAGUCGCCGGACAUGAAAUUAUCGGUGACGUUGUCGCCGUACCUUCCGGCGAAACUCGCUGGAAAGUCGGAGACCGUGUUGGCUCGGGCUGGCAUGGAGGUCAUUGCAAUCAGUGCAGCUCUUGCAAGGAGAGUGAUUUUAUUACUUGUUCGUCCGAAGCCAUCAACGGUGUCACCAAAGACGGUGGCUACGCUGAAUACACUACUCUCCGUACAGAAGCUGUUCUUCCCGUUCCCACAGAACUCGAUCCUGCUGAGGCGGCUCCCCUUCUUUGUGCUGGAAUCACCACUUUCAACUCGCUCCGCAACAUUCCCGACCUCAAAAAGGGGGAUCUCGUUGCUGUUCAUGGCCUCGGUGGUCUUGGCCAUCUCGGUAUCCAGUACGCGAAACAGAUGGGUUACAAGGUCGUCGCGCUCUCUCAAUCUUCCGCCAAAAAGGAAUUGGCUACCAAGCUAGGCGCCGAUUAUUAUCUCGAUGGAUCGCAGGUGAACCAGGUCGAGGAGCUCAUGAAGCUAGGCGGAGCCAAGGUCAUCGUUGCCACUGCUCCUCAGGGUGAGGCUAUCGCCACUCUUCUCGGGGGACUCAAAAUUGGAGGAACUAUGCUCGUUCUUGCUAUCGUGGAUCUCAAAUUCAGCACCAUCGCUCUCAUCGGCAAACGUGCUUCUAUCAAGGGCUGGCCUUCGGGUCAUGCUAAAGAUAGCGAGGAUGCGGUUGCGUUUGCGCAAAAGCACAACGUGAAGACGUUGAUCGAGAAAUUCCCUUUGGAAAAAGUCAACGAAGCGUACAACAAGAUGCAGAGCGGUCAGGUCAGAUUCCGUGCUGUCUUAACUCCCUGA